GUGCUUUGAGAGGAGGUGUGGAGUGGAGCCCUCUGCAACUUGGUUGUAUCUAGUGAGCUGUGUGUGGUUGUAUCGGAUUUUACUGUAUGUGUAUAUGUGUAUAUAUCAGUCUGUGUAAGAGAGUGUGUGUUCACAGAUUUGCCUGUGUGUGAGUGUGUGUACACUUUUGCCUGUGUGUCAGUAUAUGUAGGAGUGUGUGAGUUUACAGGUUUGUAUGUGUGUAUGUGUUUGUAUGUGUGUACGUCUUCUUGUGCGUGUGUGUGUCCCUGUUUGUAUGUGUGUAAGUGUGUGUGACGUGUGUUUUUCCAGGUUUGCUUGUGUGUAAGUAUGUGUAUUUUGUGUGAAUCUGGGUGUUUGUAAGAGUUUGUGUGAGUAUAAGUUCACUUCUGUGUAUUUCUGUGUGUGCCAAUUUGUGUGCCUGUGGUGUGUGUGUGUGUGUGUCUGUGUGUGCACAUGCCCAUCCCCUUUUGCCCCUUGUAUCUAUAUUACCUGCACCUCAGUGCAAGAGAGUGUAGAGGCCAGCAGUCAACCCGACUGCUGUUCCUGAGGUAGCAUUAGUACUGAUAAAAUGCCUACAGAGACUUAGGAGGAGUUACCACCUCCUAGCCCCGAUCCCAGUAUCACUCAGGAGUGAACCUUUCAUUCCCAAUUUAAAGUAUUGAAGACUAUUGGAAAAGGAAGCCAUGCCAAGGUCCUCCUGGCCCACCACCGGCUCACAGGAUCCCCGGUGGCAGUCAAAGUUCUCUGAAAGGACAAGCAGUGGUUCCAGUCAGCCAUGAAAGAAGAAAACAUAAUGAGAAAGAUCAACCACCCCAACAUUGUUUCUCUCUUACAAGUCAUUGAAAACAAAACAAGAAUAUACCUCAUAAUGGAGCUGGUGGAAGGCCAACAACUCCACCAGUACAUCAGAGAGUCACGGCACAUAGAGGAGGAUGAGGCUCGGCAAAUAUUUGAACAGAUAUUAUCAGCAGUGAGCUACUGUCAUGGAAAGGGGAUUGUUCACCGAGACCUCAAACUGGACAAUAUAAUGAUCGAUAUAAACAAAAAGGUAAAAGUCAUUGACUUUGGGCUUUGCACCGAAACACAACUUGGACAAAUGCUAAACCAGCACUGCGGUGCGUACUCUUUUGGUUCCCCGGAACUCUUCCUUGGACUUCUGUAUGACGGGAUGAAGAAUGACAUGUGGACAAUAGGAGUGGUCUUGUAUUAUAUGGUAGUGGGAAAGCUCCCAUUUGAUUCAGUGAUCAUCCAAGAAUUACAAAAACAAGUUGUUGCAGGGGUGUAUCCUGCCCCCUGUGGGGUUUCAGAAGAACUGGAGAACUUCCUUAGUCAAUUACUAACAGUAAAUCCAAUGUAUAGACCAAAAGCCAGCGAGGUGAUGAAACAUGCCUGGUUCAAAGAACAUGGAAAGGGGUUCACAGGUCAUUGUGAAGAACUGCUUCCCCUCAGGCCAGACCCUGAAAAUUUGGGUGCAAUGAAAUGCAUGGGAUUUCAAGCCUCUGUAAUAAAAUACUCCCUAAUAAAAAGAAAACAUAAUGAGGAAAUUGCAACUUAUUGCUUCCUACAACAGCAGGCUCUCCCAGGAUAUGGUUGCACAGCCCAGGCACAUCAAGUGAGUCCCGUUACAGCCCCAUUCCCUAGCCUUGAUCCUGCUGCUGCUUUUAGAUUACAACGAAAGAGGAGUGGAAGCCUGCCAGUUCUUGGCACCUUGCAGGUGUCAUUCUCCCAUGGUCAAGUAUCUCAGUAUGGCCAGAAGGCUCAUCCAAAAGCAGGCAAAAGAACCACUGUGGCUGGUCGUCUCAGGCCACUACCGAUGACACCUACACAGGACCACUAUCACAAAUGUGCCGUGAGUGUCCCAUGCAUUCAAACAAGCAUCUUCAGUGAGAAGAGUAGCAAUAAGGAAAUCAAAGAAGACAACCUACUCUCCCAUAGAGCCCCAUUAGAGGAUAAGCCCAUCCCCAGCAGAGUCAGGGUCCGGCACAGAGGUUUUAAGGUGUGGACCAGGAAUAUAGCAAAUGCCCUGAAAAAUCUUUGUUGCUGCUUGCCAAGGAGAAAGAAACCUCGCCUGGGGCAGAACAGCAUCUCACCCGAGAAAUGAGCCAUAGGGAGAGUCCAGAGAACAAGCAUCAGGCAUAGCCCAGUGCCAUCUUGAAAUUCUGUCAUAUCCUGUGUAUAAACAGGUGGUGAUUUCAGACACAUGGCCAAUGAAAAGACACCAGCAGAAGCUACAGCACCAACAGGAGUAACAGCAAUAGCACCAGCAGCAUUAGCAGUAGCAGAAGGAGGAAGAGGAGGAAGAGGAGGAGGUGGAGGAGGAGGAGGAGGAGGAGGAGGCAGAGCAGGAGGAGGAGGCAGAGCAGGAUGAGGAGGAGAAAAAUCUGGAGGAGAAGGAAUAGGAAAAAUGGAAUAGGAGGAGAAGAAGGAGGAGGAGAAGGAGGAGGAGGGGUAGGAGGAGGAGGAGGACUUUGCUUCCCUGUCCUGGGAUAAUUGCUGAAUGACUUCUUUUGGAGACAGAUACUAUGCUGAGCAAUGUUUAUGAAACAAAUUAUCAGAAUAUUAACCAUUCAUAGAAGACAUGUCAAUAUUCCUGAAGAGGAUCACCCCUGGAAGACAGAGUUAGAUGGCAGUGCAAGCUGUGCGGAAAGUCCUUAAUGAGGACGACUUUCUCAAAGCUGAUGAUGUAAUAGUUCUGAAGAAGCAUUUUGUGGGAGUCAGGGUCCCAUCUACCUCUGUCUGGGCACACAGAGCUCCUGGCCUUGCAUCCUGCCUGAGAGGUGACCUGGAUUAUUGGCUUCCCUGGUCCCCACACGGUCCUGGAUUGCUUGGUUGCCCCUCAUUCCUGGUCUACCCUGUGCCUCAUGGUGUUUGCAGCUUCUAUGGGCUGAAUUUAAUCAGUGAUUCACUGGAGCUGGAUCUGAACCCAAACCACAGGGAAGCCCUGGGCACUGAGGACAAUAAGAGCAACAGACAACAUCUCCUCUACUGCUUCUCUCUCUGCUCCACAAGGCAAGGCAGCUCUCACACAGGAGGCAUCCAGCCUAACUCCCAGCAGGGAGAGUGUGAGAUGUCUGUGGAUGAGCCCACAUUACAGUACGAUUCUGUGGGAAGACAUCUGGUAGCUUCUGAUGCAGCUGCAGCAGUCAGGACACAUGGAACUACAGUGGAGGUGAGCUAUAGGACCAGGUAGCAAAGAGUCUGAUCUGGCGAAUGCUGAUCUGAAUCCCUGGGUGCAGGCAGGAACGGUCACUCUGGGCUACAAUGAAUGCCAGUCAUGGGCAUGCAAUGUGUCACUAACACUGUGUGUGACCACAUUCUCAAAGACUUGUGCAGAAAAAAACAAGUGGUCUUGAGCACUGAGUUUCAGUCCCGACUCAUGGGGUACAGGAUAGCAGAUUGACUUGAGUAUGAAAUUGCAUGAAUAUGCCCUCUGGCUUCUCCCUCGGCUCAAGAUAGAUGGGCCCUGAGAAGGCACCAUUCAUGGGUCCGCAGGAGUAGGGGAGAGCUUGGCAUUCAUGAGCCACUCCUAACCUUUUCUUGAGCCACUCUGGGGAGGAGAUGGCAUCAUUUGUGAGAUGGGCUUAUGUGGGACAAUAUGCUUUGAUGUAUGGCACAGACUGCUCCCGUCCUUCUUGCUGACAGUUCAGGCACAGCUGUCCUCAUCUCAGACACUCCCAUGAGGAGUGGUGUUUGGUUCCUGCUUUACAGUUAGGGCAGGAAAACACCUAGGAUAUGAUGGGCCACUGCAGUGAGUACGGGCCACGUGCCUGUCAUGUCCUUGCUUACUUGUUUUUUCCUCUUCCUCCUCCUCUACCUCCUCCUCUUCCUCCUCCUCCUCCUACUCCUAUUCCUCCUCUACCUCCUCCUCCCCCUCCUUCUCCUCCUCCUUCUCCAACUCUUCCUCCACCUAAUUUCAGGAACUACCCAGAGACCUUCACAGGAGUGUAGUUCAUGCUAAUCAGAAUGCAGGGCUGGAGAUCAAAUUCUGGGUAAGGUCUCAAUCCAGCCCUGUUUGCUCCCCCACACACCUUCCCUACCUGAGAUUUCCAAAUUGCGUUUUCAGGGUCGUGGAGAAUCCUCUACAGUUAGCCCUGCCGAUACAGCCAGUUUCUUGGGAACACUGGGUUUAGCAGGAAUCCUCUCCAUCAGGCUCAGAAUCUUAGAGUGAGUGAGAGGGCUUGCUGAGUGGCACACCAGGACCAGAAAAGUGUAGAGCCCUCCAGUGGUAGACUUGAAGUACUGCAGGAGUCUAUUUUCUGAUUUCUUCAUCUCUACCUUGUUCUAAAGCCUUUUAAGGGACCCAUAGGGACCUAAGAAACUUGACUUUGGACCCCCAUAGCGCAACAGAGAGACUAAAGCAGCAGCCCUGUGAAACUUCUGCAGGGGACAGUGUGGACUCUGUGUUUAUAGAGUGACUCUGGACUGGCAUGUAGGCUGACUGACCAGCCAGUCACAGAGAGCUAGGGACAGUUAGAUUCUUGGAGGAGAGAGCAUGAGCGGCAGACACAGCAGAGUCGAGGCCUACAGAGGAGCCAGCUCAUUUAAUAGAGAAGCAUAUGCCCUCCCAAAAGGCUGUCAGCUCAUGACACUGCACUGAAGACCUGACCCAGUAACAUGCCUCAUUUACACAUCACCUACCUGUGCCUUGUGUAGGGUCCUCAGGUUAGAUCCUAAAGUCCAUCAUGACUUUAAAGCAGAAGUUUGUACAUCACUGCAAUGUGGAGGCUACUCUCAGCUGAUGGGACCCACACAGUCUGUGGACAAGUUUGCUUAAGUGAAAGUUGGCCGUCCUUGAACUCUCUGGUCUUCCAAGGUAGUGUGUGUUGACCACAUGCAGAGCCAUUCCUGAAGGACAUAAGUGCCAAAAUUCAACAAUAGGGAGAGAAUCCUAUACUGGAUGGAAGCACUCGGCUCAGUGUGGACACAAAGACAUCCUAUGCCAUGGCAUGGAGGCUCCCAAGAACUUCUAGGAUCAAUGUGAGGCACACAAGAGCCCACAGUGCAGCCUGGGAGAACAUUAAAGUAUCUGGAAUUAUCAGGGACCCUAAGGUAUGUUGGGCAGGAUAUGGAGCUGAUGCAUGCUGGGAUGCUUGGAGGAGACAGCCUGAGGUAAAAUAGAGGGCAGUGUGUCACGAAAACUAAGACAGAGCAACCAACAGGAUGGCUUAUCUGGCCCAGGACAGAUCGACUCUGCCAGAAUUAGAUGGUCUAUGUAGAGCUUCAGUCCUGGGAUUGUAGGAGCAUAGAAAGCGCCAAAAGUCAGGGUGCGGACUACCUCCAUGUUUUCGUAUCUCCCUGUAGGUUGAAGAGGCAGAGAACAACCACAGAGGUGACCAGUAUGUCCUUAGCCUGGACAACAAGUGUCUGCUCAAUCAUACAGACAGCUCACGACUAUCUCACCAAGUGAAACCUGAGACUGCACACUGGUGGACCACCUGGUUCCUCAAGAGGUUAGCUCUCUCAAUGGCAUGAAGUUCAGGUGCUACCUCUUCCUAUACUGGCCUGGUGAAGACAGAACCCUGGAGGACAUUGUGGUCUGGGCAAGAGAUAUACAGCAGCCCUUUCUGUGCCAGCCAGCCUUGAAAGUUGCUUGAGAUCAUUCCAGCAUGACCAGUCUCCAGCCUUUUCCAAGCAAGUAAGUUGUUGCCCCUUACCACUUCUGCCCACCACAUCAGUCGCCUUUCCCUACCCACUUGUAGGAGAUGGGACUAGCUCUGACUUAAUCAUAGGGCUUUGGAUGGGCUCUAUUUUUCCUGUUUCUGGUUGUAAGCUACUAGGAUUCUCAGGAGCAUAAGUGUAUGAGAGAAACAAGUGUCUUGUUAGCCCUGAA